AUGGAUGAUUCAACAAAAGCGCCUGAAGAAAUACCACCAACUGUAACAUCGCUCCAAGAUCUGACGAUUAUCGAAGCCUGGGACGCAGAAGCAAACACACCUAAAUAUAUCACAUUCUACCUCGUUACUCCUGAUGACAAAGAUGUUACACUCAGACUGGCACCUGACCACCUCGACGACAUUUGGGUCUACGUCAAAAGGCCAGGCCUCAACAAUUAUGAAACAACUAUGAGGGGAACGGAUUUCAUCCCCAGAGAACUUUUGGCUGAGACACUUACGAUGGAAAAGGUAUCCCAGACGCCACAUCCUGAUAUUGUUGGUUACUAUGGCUGUCGUGUCAGGCGUGGACGUAUCGCAUCAAUGGUAUUUGAAAGGCUGGAUCAAACACUACAGCAGUACUCAAGUACUCCCGAGUUUGAGAAGCUCGAUAAGCCAAAGUUUCUCGAGGCUCUCCAAUCAGCAGUAGCCUACAUCCACUCACUGGAUCUAGCUCACAACGAUGUCAACCCACACAACAUCAUGGUCAAGGAUGGAAUGCCGGUCCUGAUUGACUUUGGGUCAUGUCAACCUGUAGGACAGCGGCUUCAGUCACUGGGAACUGAAGGUUGGUACGAGGAACUGUUCUUUACUUCUGAGAAGAAACAUGACACAUAUUCAUUGAACAAACUCAGAGAGUGGAUUCAUGAUCCGGAAUAA